AAACGAUGCGGUUGUGAUUUCUGGAAGGAAGCUGGCCCGGCAGAUCAGGCAGGAAGCCCGUCACGAGGUUGAGCAGUGGGUAGCAGCUGGAAACAAGAGACCUCACCUCAGCGUCAUUCUUGUGGGUGAAAAUCCUGCGAGUCACUCCUACGUACUGAACAAAACCAGAGCAGCAGCUGAUGUUGGAAUCAGCAGUGAAACCAUCCUCAGGCCGGCUUCUAUUACUGAAGAGGAGCUACUGGAUUUGAUCAGCAAACUCAAUAACGAUGCCAAUGUGGAUGGCCUGUUAGUACAGCUUCCAUUACCCGAACACAUUGAUGAGCGCAAGAUUUGCAAUGCUGUGACUCCAGACAAAGACGUUGAUGGCUUCCAUGUGAUAAAUGUGGGACGCAUGUGCCUUGACCAGUACUCCAUGCUGCCGGCUACCCCGUGGGGGGUGUGGGAGAUCAUUAAGAGAACUGGCAUCCCAACGCUGGGGAAGAACGUGGUGGUGGCUGGCAGGUCGAAGAACGUGGGCAUGCCCAUCGCCAUGUUGCUGCAUACGGACGGCAGGCACGAGCGCCCAGGAGGUGAUGCCACAGUCACAAUAUCCCACCGCUACACUCCCAAGGAGCAGCUGAAGCAACACACGAUCCGUGCCGAUAUCGUGGUAGCAGCAGCAGGCAUACCCAACCUGAUCACGGCCGAUAUGAUCAAAGAAGGAGCUGCCGUUAUUGAUGUGGGGAUAACGCGAGUGCAGGAUCCUGUCACUGCCAAAUCGAGGCUGGUUGGGGAUGUGGAUUUUGAAGGGGUGAAGAAGAAAGCCAGCUACAUCACGCCGGUCCCAGGGGGAGUCGGGCCCAUGACAGUCGCCAUGCUGAUGAAGAACACCAUCAUUGCUGCCAAGAAGCUGUUGAAACCCAAAGAGCUGGAAGCAUUAACUGCUUAACGUGGGACUCUAGCACUGAAAACGACAUUCCAAACUGACUCCCAAACAGGCCGAUAGAAAAUGCAAUAUUUCUAUUUAUUGUAUGGAAGUGGAAUUUCCUAUUCUGAGGUCAUAGAUAUUUAUUGGAAGCUGAAGCAUAUGCACAUUAGUUGUACUGAGGUGUGAGCAUCUACGCUCCUGGCCCGCUCGUGCUAGCGAAGCCGCUUUAUGUUGAAGCUAGCGCUUGUAGGAAGCCGGCCCUGC